CCAAUGAAAAACCAUUAGAAUAUCACAAUUAAAUUUGCCCUCAACAGAUUUUUCUCUUAUUAUCAUUUUGCAUCGGCAGAAAAAUGGCUUGGAAUUACAACUUAUCCUCCAUCUUAUUGCUUGCAUUUCUCUGCUUUAUGCAUGAGCAAAUGAUAACCACUACAAUUGCAGAAUUCCCAAAUGCUCAAACCUGGUCAAGGAUCGGGAUUCCUAGUUUCUCAAAGCCCUCGACUCCUACUUUUUCAAAACCAGAGAUCCCUAAUUUCUCAAAGCCCGAGAUUCCUAGUUUCUCAAAACCAGCAAUCCCUAGUUUCUCCCAGAUACCUAGUUUCUCAAAGCCUGAGACCCCUAGUUUUUCGAAACCUGAGAUCCCUAGUUUCUCCAAGCCCUCCACCCCUAGUUUCUCAAAGCCACAAACCCCUAGCGUCUCAAAGCCAUCGACCCCUGGUUUUUCCAUGCCCCAGAUUCCUAGUUUCUCAAAGCCGCCGACACCUAGUUUCUCAAAGCCAUCGACUCCUAGGUUCUCCAUGCCCCGGAUAAUCCCUAGUUUGUCAAAGCCCGAGACUCCUAAUUUUUCAAAACCCCAAACUCCUAGUUUCUCAUCAAAGCCCGAGCUACCAGGUGUGUCAAAGCCUCAGAUCCCAAGUGUGCAAAAGUCAGAAGUUCCAAAAUCGUCUAAACCAACAUUGUCAACUUCUCCAUGAGUAACUACGGGUGUUCAUAUGCCAUGAUUAUUGCUGGCUAACAGAUGAAUUAGAUUAUGCAUAUGGGUGGAUUGCAAAUGGGUUAAAUGAGAAUGGUAAAAUGUUUGGCUCCUCGGUAUUUCUUGCGAAUAAAAAAAUGGGUUGAAUGAUGGAUAAUGAGAAUAUUCAUAUGUUAUCUACUCAUAUGUUGUACAAGACUAAAAUAUACCAUCAAAUAAAGCCAGUUGCUUUCUUUA